AUGUUUCGAAGUCUAGCUGCAUUGCGUGUGUUGAAUUGUGGUUUUGCUCAGUCACGUUUUAUCAGUGCUGGAAGUAUCAAUACAUUGAAAGUCAAAGAAGAAGUUAAACGCGAACGACAAUUAGCACUACUUGGUGGUGGAAAAAAACGUAUUGAUGCACAGCACAAAAAAGGCAAAUUAACGGCUCGUGAAAGAAUUGAAAUUCUACUUGAUCCUCAUUCAUUUCGAGAAUAUGAUAUGUUUGUACAACAUCGUUGUUCAGAUUUUGGCAUGGAGAAAGAAAAAUAUUAUGGUGAUUCAGUUAUAACAGGUUCUGGUCUUAUCAAUGGACGUCCUGUUUAUGUAUUUUCACAAGACUUUACUGUUUUCGGUGGUAGUUUAUCGAGUGUUCAUGCAGCAAAAAUCUGUAAAAUAAUGGAUCAAGCUAUGCUUGUCGGAGCACCAGUUAUUGGUUUAAAUGACAGUGGUGGCGCUCGUAUUCAAGAAGGUGUAGAAUCGCUGGCUGGUUAUGCAGAUAUUUUUCAACGAAAUGUUAUGGCUAGUGGUGUUGUUCCACAACUUUCUCUUAUUAUGGGCCCUUGUGCAGGUGGUGCUGUGUACUCACCAGCAUUAACUGACUUCAUAUUUAUGGUUCGUCAAACAUCCUAUUUAUUUAUCACAGGUCCCGAUGUAGUACAAUCGGUUACAAACGAAACGGUUACACAAGAAGAACUUGGUGGAGCCAACACUCAUAUGGUUAAAAGUGGAGUAGCACAUGCUGCAUUUGAUAAUGAUAUUGAUACACUUUUGCGUACAAGAGAACUUUUUAAUUUCUUACCAUUAUCAAACAAAGAACAGGGAUCAGUCAUUCGAGAAAAUGAUGAUAGUCCUGAUCGUCUAGUGCAUUCAUUAGAUACAGUUGUACCAUUAGAAUCAACUGCUGCCUACGACAUGAAAGAAGUUAUUCAUGCCAUUGUUGAUGCAGAAGAUUUCUUUGAAAUUAUGCCUGAAUUCGCUAAAAAUAUUAUCAUUGGAUUUGGUCGUAUGAAUGGUCGAACCGUUGGUAUUGUUGCCAAUCAACCCAAAGUAGCAGCUGGUUGUUUAGAUAUCAAUUCAUCUGUAAAAGGAGCUCGAUUUGUUCGCUUCUGUGAUGCAUUUAAUAUUCCUCUUUUAACUUUUGUCGAUGUUCCGGGAUUUUUACCUGGUACCGCUCAAGAGCACAAUGGUAUUAUUCGUCAUGGUGCCAAACUUUUAUUUGCUUAUGCUGAAGCAACAGUUCCAAAAAUAACCGUUAUUACUCGCAAAGCCUAUGGUGGUGCCUACGAUGUCAUGUCAUCAAAACAUCUUCGUGGAGAUAUGAAUUAUGCAUGGCCAACAGCUGAAGUUGCUGUAAUGGGAGCACAAGGCGCUGUUAAAAUCAUAUUUCGUGGAGGUCACGGCAGUGAUGCUCAAAAACGCGAAGCUGAAUAUGUUGACAAAUUUGCAAAUCCAUUUCCAGCUGCUGUGCGAGGCUUUGUUGAUGAUAUCAUCGAACCAAAUACAACUCGUCAACGUAUCUGUCGCGAUUUAGAAUUGCUUGCAGCCAAGAAUUUGAAAAAUCCAAAAAAGAAGCAUGCAAAUAUUCCACUCUAG